AACCCCAGGUCUCCCUGCUAUGGCCAGGUGAUCCACCGGCUGCCCAUGCCCAACCUCAAGGACGAGCUGCACUGCUCGGGGUGGAGCUCUGGCUGCGGCUGCUUUGACAGCGGCUCCCCGAGGAGGAACAAGCUGGUGCUGCCCUGUCUGAUUUCCUCCCGCAUUUACGUGGUGGAUGUGGGCUCCCAGUGCCGGGCCCCCAAGCUGUGCAAGACGAUCGAGCCGGUGGACGUGUUCUGGACGUGCAACAAGGGCUACCUGGCCGUGACCCACAGCCUGCCCAACGGGGACGUGCUCAUCGCCAACAUGGGAGACCCCGCGGGCAACGGCAAAGGUGGCUUCGUGGUGCUGGACGGGGAGACCUUGGAGCUGAAGGGCAACUGGGAGAACGAGUGCGAGGCCCCCCCGACGGGCUACGACUUCUGGCUGCAGCCGCGGCACAACGUGCUGGUCAGCUCUGCCGGGGCCGUGCCCAGGCGGGCGGGACGGGGCUUCAACCCCGACGACCUGAAGAAAGGGGUCUACGGGCGCCGGCUGAACGUGUGGGACUUGUCGUGCCGCAGCCUCACCCAGUGCUUCGACCUGGGCGAGGACUCGCUGCCCCUGAGCGUGAGAUUCCUGCACAACCCUGAGGCCGCCGAGGGCUACGUGGCCUGUGCCCUCAGCGGGGUCACCUACCGCUUCUACAAGUGCCAGAGAGACAACUGGGCCGUGGAGGAGGUGAUUCGCAUCCCGCCCAAGGAGGUGUCGGGCUGGAUCAUGCCCAAGAUGCCAGCCUUCACCGUGGACCUGCUCAUCUCCCCGGACGACAGGUUCCUGUUCCUCAGCAACUGGAUCCACGGGGACAUCCGGCAGUACGAGCUCAGCAAGAACUGCAAGCCCCGGCUGGUGGGGCAGGUGUUCGUGGGGGGCAGCAUCCUGCGAGGGGGCCCCGUGACCGUGUGUAGGGACGAGGAGCUCAAGUGCCAACCCGAGCCCCUGGUGAUCAAGUGCAAGCGGAUUUAC